CAGCUAGAUUACUUAAAUUACAUUUAAUCAUUAUAAAGUUGAAGUAUGUCUCUGGAAAGUGUUCCUAAAGAGCUGCGCCAUUUGCGCUCAUGUUUGCUAUGCUCUAUGGUAAAAACAUUGGAGCAGUUUGAACGAGAUGGUUGUGAUAAUUGUGAACGAUAUCUCCAUUUAAAAGGAGACCAUGAAAACACGCUAUCUUGUACAAGUGCAAAUUUCAAUGGUAUUAUUUCUAUGAUGACACCUGAAGAUAGUUGGGUGGCUAAAUGGCAAAGAAUAGAUAAGCUUAGACCGGGUUGUUAUGCAACUUCUGUUUAUGGGAAGUUGCCUUCUGAUAUUAUUAAAGAUUUAAAAUCAAGGGGAAUACCUUAUAGGUCGCGAGAUACAUCAAGUAUUUGAGUUAUUUU